UGGCGUGGUCUGCGACGCCCGAGGUGAGCAUUUGCUGUGUAUAAAUUUGUAAAAAUACGUGAAGUGCAGUGAAAAAACCGGUGUAAGAAAUGGGCGAUUCGCUAGACGGAUCGGGCGAUCCAUCGCCGGAGUCACAGAACGUCGCGAUAGUUUCCUAUUCCUCAUUUGCAAAGUACUUAAGAAGGGUUGUAGCGAUCCUGUUUCCCGAUGAAGACGACUCACCGCCCGCCCUAAACUUCGCUUUAGAGGACAAAAAUAAUCAAGAAUGCAUAAAGAAAUUCCUCAGCGAUUCACAGGUCUGGUCUCUUUACGUACAGAGAAGCUCGGCGAAAGAGGAAGAUGGUGGCGACGGAGAUGAAGAAAAGGAGAAUGUGAUGUACUUUAUAUCGAAUGAGAUUUACUUCACUAAUCCUAAAAUGGCAUCGCUCGUUUUUACAAAACGAGGCGCAGUCGUUGAGGCUGACAAACCGAUCCAUCCACAGCUGCGAUUGGUCACGCUUUCUGACGGCCCUCCGUACGAAACUUUACACGCUAUUAGCAAGACUAUGGCUCCAUAUUUUAAAAGUUAUGUACAGGGGACUGGUAGGGCUGAUCGAGACGGUGAUAAAAUGGCACCAUCUGUCGAGAAGAAGAUAGCAGAGCUCGAAAUGGGGCUAUUGCAUUUACAGCAAAAUAUAGAUAUACCUGAAAUAUCUCUCCUUGUUCAUCCGACCGUUAGCCUUGUAAUAAAGCAAUGUGCAGAAGAAGGCAGGAAACCUAAGGUCGCCGACUUUGGUGAAAAAGCAGAGGAUUCUACGUUCUUGAACCAACUACAAAACGGAGUCAAUCGUUGGAUUAAGGAAAUUCAAAAGGUAACAAAACUGAACAGAGAUCCGGAGUCAGGUACAGCAUUGCAGGAGAUAUCAUUUUGGUUGAAUUUGGAGAGAGCGUUGCAUAGAAUUCAGGAAAAGCGAGAAAGCAUAGAGAUAUCGUUAACCCUGGAUAUUUUGAAAUAUGGAAAGCGUUUUCACGCCACAGUUAGCUUCGACACUGACACAGGUUUGAAACAAGCUUUAGCAACGGUUAACGACUACAAUCCGUUGAUGAAAGAUUUUCCGAUAAACGAUUUGCUGUCUGCGACUGAACUGGAGAGAAUCAAGAUAGCUGUUCAACAGAUAUUCAUGCACUUGCGAAAAAUCAGAAGCACCAAAUACCCGAUACAAAGAGUUUUAAGGCUAGUUGAAGCGAUAUCCAGGGACUUGGGGCAGCAGCUGUUGAAAGUACUUGGAACUCGUAGACUUAUGCACAUUCCAUUUGACGAGUUUGAGAAGGUGAUGGGCCAGUGCUUCGAGGUGUUCAGUACGUGGGACGACGAGUACGACAAGCUGACUGGACUCCUCCGAGAUAUAGUGAAGAAGAAACGAGAUGAGCAUUUCAAAAUGGUCUGGCGAGUUUCCCCGGCGCACAAGAAGCUUCAAACUCGAAUGGAACACAUGAGGCGUUUUAGGCGCCAACACGAACAACUGAGAACCGUGAUAGUUCGUGUUCUAAGACCUACCGUUCGACAGAGUAAUAAUAACGCAAGCAUUGAAAGUGCUGAUCACGAUAACGCGAAAGUAGAAUUUGCGCUUGACGCUGCAGAUGCUAAUGCCAUUGGGGAAGUAAACCUUGCUUACGAAAAUGUCAAGGAAGUUGAUUGCCUCGACAUCACUAAAGAAGGUCUUGAGUCUUGGGAGGCAGCUGUUCAUAGAUAUGAAGAACGAAUCGAGAGAGUCGAAGCCAGGAUCACUGCUCACCUCAGAGAUCAAUUAGGCACUGCUAAGAAUGCCAACGAGAUGUUCAGAAUUUUCUCUAGGUUCAAUGCCUUGUUCGUUAGACCUCAUAUUCGUGGAGCUAUCAGAGAAUACCAAACCCAACUGAUACAGAGAGUGAAAGACGAUAUCGAAGCUCUCCAUGAGAAGUUUAAGGUCCAAUACUCGCAAAGCAAGUGUUGUAAAAUGAGCAUUGUCAGAGAUCUUCCACCUGUGGCAGGCUCUAUUAUAUGGGUCAAACAAAUUGACUAUCAAUUAACGAUGUAUUUAAAACGAGUCGAAGAUGUGUUGGGAAAGGGUUGGGAGAAUCACAUCGAAGGACAGAAGCUGAAGGCUGAUGGAGACAGCUUUCGCAUGAAACUAUCUACCCAAGAUAUAUUUGAUGAUUGGGCGCGUAAAGUGCAGCAAAGAAACAUAGGCGUUACUGGACGCAUCUUCACAAUAGAUAGUGUCAGGUCUCGUUCUGGACGCGGCAAUGUACUUAAGCUGAAAGUUAAUUUUCUUCCUGAGAUUAUAACUCUAGCCAAGGAAGUGAGAAACCUCAAGAAUCUUGGAUUCAGAGUACCGCUGGCGAUCGUUAACAAAGCGCAUCAAGCAAAUCAGCUUUAUCCGUACGCGAUUAGCUUAAUUGAGAGCAUCAGAACCUACGAAAGAACCCUUGAAAAGCUUACCAAUCGGAGUCCGCACUGUCCCACAUUGAAGAUCGAGGAUAAGGCUAGCAUCAUACCACUGGUUGCUGGUAUGCGGAAGGACGUUUUGUCUUUGAUUUCUGAGGGUAUUGGUUUGGUCUGGGAGAGCUACAAGUUGGAUCCAUACAUCCAGCGUCUUUCCGAGGUUGUAGUGUCGUUCCAAGAGAAAGUAGAGGACCUGUUGGUUGUCGAGGAACAGUUGGACGUUGACGUACGGUCAAUAGAAACGUGUCCGUAUUCGGCAAAUACAUUCGCAGACAUCUUAUCUAAAAUUCAAAAAUCGGUUGAUGAAUUGUCGUUGAAAAAUUACUCCAACUUGCACAUUUGGGUAGCCAGACUCGAUGAGGAGGUUGAAAAAAAUUUAGCCAGUAGAUUGGAGGCUGGGAUCAAAGCUUGGACUGAUACGCUAAUGGGACAAAAGAAGGAAGUCGACUUGAGCAUGGAUACCGACGCACCUGUACAACCAACACAUAAACCAGGCGGCGAUCCUAAGAUACAAAACCAAAUACACGAAGUUCGAAUUACAAAUCAAACCAUGUAUCUCUAUCCGAGUAUCGAAGAUGCUCGUUUCCAAAUAAUGCAGCAGCUUUUUGCUUGGCAAGCUAUCGUCACAUCUCAAAUAAGACUUCAAAGCUCUAGGUAUCAAGUUGGUCUCGACAAACCUGAGUCUGGGACUUACAGAAAUUUACUGACCAAAUUGCCGGGAGGUAAAGUUCCUCUGGAAGCAGCUUACGAGGCUGUUGAAGUAAAGAUGAAAGAUAUAGUCAACUACGUUGACCAGUGGCUCAGAUAUCAGUCGUUGUGGGACUUGCAGCCGGACAAUUUGUAUGGAAAACUUGGAGAUGAUAUUAACUUGUGGAUGAAAUGUUUGAACGACAUCAAGAAGACUAGAACAACUUUCGAUACUUCGGAUACAAGGAGAGAAUUCGGUCCUGUUAUAAUUGACUUUGCUAAAGUUCAGAGCAAGGUUUCACUCAAAUAUGAUUCGUGGCACAAGGAGACCUUGGGUAAAUUCGGAUCCCUACUCGGCAACGAGAUGUCGAGCUUUCAUGCUCAGGUAUCGAAAUCGAGGGGCGAUUUAGAGCAGCAGUCCAUCGAAGCAGCCAGCACUUCAGACGCCGUUGGAUUUAUAACUUACGUCCAAUCUCUCAAGCGGAACAUGAAGGUUUGGGAGAAACAGGUUGACGUCUACAGGGAAGGUCAGAGGAUACUGGAACGGCAGAGGUUCCAAUUUCCGAGCACAUGGCUGCACGUGGAUAACAUAGAAGGAGAAUGGGGAGCGUUCAACGAGAUCAUCAAGCGCAAGGACAACAGCAUUCAAACGCAAGUCGCGUCUCUGCAGAUGAAAAUUGUCGCCGAAGAUAAAGCUGUCGAAACUAGAACAACGGAUUACUUGGGAGAUUGGGAGAGAGGAAAGCCAGUCGAAGGGCACUUGCGUCCUGAUGAAGCAUUGCAACACCUCCAAUUGUUUGAAAGCAAAUUCACCAGGCUCAAGGAGGAGCGGGAUAAUGUUGCCAAGGCCAAAGAGGCUCUGGAGCUUCAAGAACCCGGCGGCGUGUCAACCAGUGAAGAUAGGAUGCAAGUUGUGUUUGAGGAAUUGCAGGAUCUAAAGGGUGUCUGGUCGGAAUUGUCACGCAUCUGGUCACAGAUUGACGAAACUCGUGAAAAACCAUGGCUCUCCGUGCAGCCGAGAAAACUGCGUCAACAGCUUGACACAAUGAUUGCUCAGUUGAAAGAGUUACCUGCUCGUCUCAGACAGUAUUCUUCCUACGAAUACGUUAAGAAAAUGUUACAAAGUUAUACUAAGGUGAACAUGUUGAUAGUUGAACUGAAGUCUGAUGCGCUGAAGGAGAGGCAUUGGAAACAAUUGACCAAACAACUCAGGGUCAACUGGGUACUGAGCGAUCUUACCCUAGGCCAAGUGUGGGAUGUCAAUCUCCAAAAGAACGAAAGCAUCGUUAAAGACGUGAUACUUGUCGCUCAGGGAGAAAUGGCUCUGGAAGAAUUCUUGAAACAGGUACGCGAGUCUUGGCAGUCCUACGAACUGGACCUCAUAAACUACCAGAACAAAUGUAGACUGAUUCGUGGAUGGGACGAUCUUUUCAACAAAAUCAAGGAGCAUAUCAAUUCUGUCGCUGCUAUGAAGCUGUCGCCAUAUUACAAGGUAUUUGAAGAAGAAGCUCUGACUUGGGAGGAGAAAUUGAAUAGAAUAAACGCUCUAUUCGAUGUUUGGAUCGAUGUGCAACGGCGUUGGGUUUAUUUAGAAGGUAUAUUUUCAUGCAGCGCUGACAUUAAGACAUUGCUACCAGUUGAAACAUCCCGUUUUCAAAGUAUCAGUUCCGAAUUUCUUGGAUUGAUGAAAAAAGUGUCCAAAUCUCCAAUGGUUAUGGAUGUUUUAAAUAUACCUGGGGUUCAGAGAGCUUUGGAACGUCUGGCCGACCUUUUGGGGAAAAUUCAAAAGGCCCUUGGAGAAUAUCUGGAACGAGAAAGGACCUCGUUCCCACGAUUUUAUUUCGUGGGAGACGAAGAUUUGCUUGAGAUCAUUGGUAACAGCAAGAACGUUGCCAGACUACAAAAACACUUUAAGAAAAUGUUUGCUGGCGUAGCGGCGAUCCUGUUGAACGAAGACAACACCGUUAUAACUGGUAUUGCGUCGCGGGAAGGUGAGGAAGUGAUGUUCAAUGAUCCAGUUUCAACAACGGAUCAUCCAAAAAUAAACGAGUGGCUAUCAAUGGUUGAAAAAGAAAUGAGAGUUACUUUGGCUUCUAGUCUCACAAAGGCUGUGCAAGAUAUAAAACAGUUUAAAGAUGGUAACAUCAAUCCAGAGGCCUUUAUGACUUGGUGCGACAAGUACCAAGCUCAGAUCAUUGUUCUUGCUGCUCAAAUCCUGUGGUCAGAGGACGUCGAAGCAGCAUUGCAUGAAGCUCAAUCUAACCCAAAUAAAAAUCCACUUGAGAGAGUUCUAACGCAAGUCGAAGGCACUCUAAACGUGCUUGCCGAUUCCGUCCUGCAAGAACAACCCGCUCUCAGGAGAAAAAAACUCGAGCAUCUAAUCAAUGAAUUUGUACACAAGCGAACGGUGACGAGAAGGCUAUUAGCCAACAAAGUUUCGAAUCCAAAAGCCUUCGAAUGGCUUUGUGAAAUGAGGUUCUAUUUUGAUCCUAGACAAACCGAAGUCCUUCAACAGCUCACCAUUCACAUGGCAAAUGCCAAAUUCUUUUACGGCUUUGAAUAUCUUGGCGUACAAGACAGGCUUGUCCAAACGCCGUUAACAGACAGAUGUUAUCUUACAAUGACCCAAGCUUUGGAAGCUAGACUUGGAGGAUCACCAUUCGGACCUGCUGGUACCGGAAAGACAGAAUCCGUAAAGGCGUUGGGCCACCAGCUCGGAAGAUUUGUAUUGGUGUUUAAUUGUGACGAGACCUUUGACUUCCAGGCAAUGGGUCGUAUUUUCGUCGGUCUUUGUCAAGUCGGAGCCUGGGGUUGCUUUGACGAAUUUAAUCGUCUGGAAGAACGCAUGUUGUCUGCGGUAUCACAGCAAGUACAGACGAUCCAAGAAGCGCUCAAGAGUCAAAUGGAAGGACAAAAGGGAGGAACACUGUGCGUUGAACUUGUUGGCAAGCAGGUCAGAGUCUCUACAGAUAUGGCUAUCUUCAUUACCAUGAAUCCUGGAUAUGCCGGCCGUUCCAAUUUGCCCGACAACUUGAAGAAAUUGUUCAGAUCAUUGGCUAUGACUACACCGGAUAGACAGUUGAUUGCUGAAGUAAUGUUGUUCAGCCAAGGUUUCAGAUCUGCUGAGAAACUAGCCUGCAAAAUUGUUCCGUUCUUCAAACUUUGCGAUGAACAACUCUCCAAUCAAUCGCAUUACGACUUUGGGCUCAGAGCUCUUAAAUCUGUGCUGAUAUCGGCUGGAAACGUGAAACGUGACAGGAUCCAAAGAAUCAAGGAGAAUAUGCAGAAUCGUGGAGACUCGAACAUCGACGAGGCUUCCAUUGCUGAGAAUCUACCGGAGCAAGAAAUCCUCAUACAAUCUGUUUGCGAAACAAUGGUUCCAAAACUUGUUGCUGAAGAUAUACCGCUGCUGUUCAGUCUUCUGAACGAUGUAUUCCCCAAUGUGAAUUAUACCCGUGCUGAAAUGAAGGGAUUGAAGGACGAAAUUCGAAAAGUCUGUGCUGAGGAAUAUCUUGUUUGUGGUGAAGGAGACGAGCAAGGGGGAGCAUGGCAAGAAAAGCAUGCUCAGGGGAUGGUCGGUGAGACCUGGGUCGCUAAGGUAUUACAACUUUAUCAAAUCUGCAACCUUAAUCACGGUUUGAUGAUGGUGGGUCCCAGUGGUUCUGGAAAAACAAUGGCCUGGAAAGUUCUGCUGAAGGCGUUGGAGCGAUUCGAAGGUGUUGAAGGUGUCGCCCACGUUAUAGAUCCAAAAGCCAUCAGCAAAGAAACACUUUACGGUGUUUUGGAUCCGAACACUCGUGAAUGGACCGACGGUCUUUUUACACACAUUCUAAGGAAGAUAAUAGACAACGUCAGAGGAGAGAUUAACAAGCGACAAUGGAUCAUCUUCGACGGCGAUGUCGAUCCUGAAUGGGUUGAAAAUUUGAACUCCGUUCUGGAUGACAAUAAGCUUUUAACACUCCCUAAUGGUGAACGUUUGAGCCUGCCACCGAACGUGCGAGUAAUGUUUGAAGUUCAAGAUCUAAAAUACGCUACACUGGCGACGGUGUCUCGUUGCGGUAUGGUCUGGUUCUCCGAGGAUGUAUUAUCAACGGAAAUGAUAUUCGAAAACUACAUGCUUCGGCUACGUAAUAUUCCCCUUGAAGAUGGCGAAGAAGAUAAUAUGGGUAAAAAGUCGACAGAUAAGGAUGAUACCGUUUCUCCCGCACUUACGGUUCAACGCGAAGUUGCCAGCAUUUUACAAAGCUAUUUUGCUCCAGACGGCUUAGUCGUUAGAUGCCUGGAGUACGCGAUGAAGCAAGAACACAUCAUGGACUUCACCAGAUUACGCGCUCUUAGCUCUCUUUUCUCCAUGCUCAAUCAGGCUGUGCGAAACGUUUUGCAGUACAAUCAUACGCACAUGGAUUUCCCCCUGCCAAGCGAACAACUCGAACGUUAUAUGCCAAAGUGUUUGGUAUAUGCACUUUUGUGGAGCUUCGCCGGUGACGCUAAACUCAAAGUCAGAUCCGACCUUGGUGAUUUCAUAAGAUCCGUAACCACCGUACCUCUGCCAGCUCAGUCCAACACACCAAUUAUUGACUUCGAAGUCAAUAUUACCGGAGAAUGGCUACCAUGGAGUAACAAAGUACCUCAGAUCGAAGUGGAGACUCACAAAGUGGCUAGUCCUGACAUCGUUGUUCCCACAUUGGAUACAGUCAGACACGAGAGCUUGCUCUACACUUGGCUAGCCGAGCACAAACCGCUUGUGCUUUGUGGUCCGCCUGGAUCUGGUAAGACUAUGACUCUUUUCUCCGCGCUGCGAGCUUUGCCAGACAUGGAAGUAGUGGGGCUUAAUUUCUCAUCUGCAACGACGCCGGAAUUGUUGCUAAAGACGUUUGACCACUACUGCGAGUACCGAAAAACGCCAAAUGGGGUGAUACUCUCUCCAGUCCAACUUGGAAAGUGGCUUGUACUAUUCUGCGAUGAGAUAAAUUUACCAGACAUGGACAAUUACGGAACUCAACGAGUUAUAUCAUUCCUACGACAAUUGGUCGAGCACCGAGGAUUCUACAGAACUAGCGAUCAGGCUUGGGUUGCUUUGGAACGAAUCCAAUUUGUUGGCGCCUGCAAUCCUCCCACAGAUCCUGGCAGAAAACCUCUUAGUCAUAGAUUCCUCAGACAUGUACCAGUCAUAUACGUUGAUUAUCCUGGAGAAACAUCUCUGAAACAAAUUUAUGGAACAUUUACACGUGCUAUGUUGAGGUUGACUCCAUCUCUUCGAGGAUACGCCGAGCCAUUGACGAACGCUAUGGUUGAAUUCUAUCUCGUGUCGCAAGAGAAGUUCACUCAAGACAUGCAGCCUCACUACGUUUAUUCACCACGUGAAAUGACUCGCUGGGUGCGCGGUAUAUGCGAGGCAAUAAGACCACUGGACAGCCUUUCGGUCGAAGGUCUUGUGCGCCUCUGGGCUCACGAAGCGCUGCGCUUGUUCCAAGACAGAUUGGUCGAGGACCCCGAACGUGCCUGGACAAAUAAAAACAUUGACAUUGUCGGUCUAAAACACUUCCCUGGAAUCGACAGAGAGAAAGCUCUGGAAAGACCUAUUCUUUACAGCAAUUGGCUCUCCAAGGAUUACAUACCGGUCAAUCGGCAGGAGUUGAGGGAUUAUGUAAGAGCAAGACUGAAGGUGUUCUACGAAGAAGAGUUGGACGUACCGCUCGUUCUCUUUGACGAGGUAUUGGAUCAUGUCCUGAGGAUUGACAGAAUAUUCCGACAGCCUCAAGGUCAUCUUCUGUUGAUCGGAGUUUCUGGUGCUGGUAAAACUACUCUAUCUCGUUUCGUCGCCUGGAUGAACGGUCUUUCCAUCUUCCAAAUCAAGGUGCACAACAAAUACACAGGCGAGGACUUUGACGAAGAUUUACGUCAGGUGCUGAGGCGCUCCGGAUGCAAGGAUGAAAAAAUUGCGUUUAUUCUGGACGAAUCCAACGUUCUUGAUUCUGGUUUCUUGGAGCGUAUGAAUACCUUGCUUGCCAACGGCGAGGUGCCCGGGUUGUUCGAGGGUGAUGAAUACACGACGUUGAUGACACAGUGCAAAGAAGGUGCUCAACGCGAGGGAUUGAUGCUGGACUCUAACGAAGAAUUGUACAAAUGGUUCACCGGACAAGUAAUGAGAAAUCUGCACGUCGUAUUCACAAUGAAUCCGAGCACCGACGGUCUCAAAGACCGGGCAGCCACUUCACCUGCGCUGUUCAACAGAUGUGUACUGAACUGGUUUGGCGACUGGUCGGAUAAUGCACUCUUCCAAGUUGGUAAAGAGUUUACGAAUCGCGUCGAUCUGGAGAAACCGACUUGGAGAUCUCCAGAUUUCUUCCCUUCGUCUUGUCUGCUUAUUCCAACCCAACCGAGUCAUCGCGACGCUGUUAUCAACGCUUGUGUCUAUGUUCAUCAAACUUUGCACAAGGCCAACACCAGACUUGCCAAGCGCGGAGGACGGACAAUGGCAAUUACUCCUAGGCACUAUUUAGACUUUAUACAUCACUUCGUUAAAUUGUAUCAAGAAAAACGUAGCGAUUUGGAGGAACAACAAUUGCACUUGAACGUUGGUUUGGGUAAAAUUGCUGAGACGGUAGAACAGGUCGAAGAGAUGCAGAAAAGUUUGGCUGUAAAAUCUCAGGAACUUCAAGCUAAAAACGAAGCUGCGAAUGCCAAGCUGAAACAGAUGGUGAAGGAUCAACAGGAAGCUGAAAAGAAAAAAGUUCAAAGUCAGGAGAUUCAGCAACAACUUGCCAUCCAGACUGUUGCCAUUAAUCAAAAGAGGGAUGACGUCAUGGCCGACCUUGCUCAGGUCGAACCCGCCGUCAUUGAUGCUCAGAACGCGGUGAAAUCGAUAAAGAAACAGCACUUGGUCGAGGUUCGCUCAAUGGCGAACCCACCAGCGAUCGUCAAGGUUGCGCUGGAGUCUAUCUGCCUCUUGCUAGGCGAAAAUGCCAGCGACUGGAAAUCUAUCCGCGCUGUCAUCAUGAGAGACAAUUUUAUCAAUACCAUUGUCUCUAGUUUCAGUACUGAGGACAUUACUGAUGAUGUUCGUGAAAAAAUGAAGAGUCGAUACCUCAGUAAUCCUGAUUACAACUUUGAAAAGGUGAAUCGUGCCAGUAUGGCUUGUGGCCCCAUGGUGAAGUGGGCCAUAGCUCAGAUCGAAUAUGCGGAUAUGUUGAAACGCGUUGAACCACUGAGGGAUGAACUUCACUCUUUGGAACGUCAAGCGGAUACGAAUAAAUCCAAGGGUGAAGAGGUGAAGGAUCUAAUAGCUCAGCUGGAGCAAAGCAUCGCGUCUUACAAGGAGGAGUAUGCUCAGCUCAUAUCGCAAGCUCAAGCCAUCAAAACAGACCUUGAAAAUGUGCAGAGUAAGGUAGAUCGCUCCAUUGCGCUGCUCAAGUCUCUUGUUAUCGAACGAGAAAGGUGGGAGGCGACUAGCGAAACUUUCAGAAGCCAAAUGUCAACUAUUAUCGGAGACGUUCUUCUGUCCUCGGCGUUUUUGGCCUAUGCAGGAUAUUUUGAUCAACAUUAUCGUCAGAACCUGUUUGCCACCUGGUGCCAGCAUUUGCAGCAAGCGAAUUUGCAGUUCCGUGCCGACAUAGCUCGUACCGAGUAUCUAUCUAAUCCAGACGAGCGAUUGAGAUGGCAAGCGAAUGCUUUGCCGACAGACGAUUUGUGCACUGAGAAUGCGAUAAUGCUGAAACGCUUCAACAGAUAUCCACUGAUUAUAGAUCCUUCUGGUCAAGCGACAGAGUUCAUAAUGAAUGAAUUCAAGGAUAAGAAGAUAACGAAGACUAGCUUCCUUGACGAUUCGUUCAGGAAAAAUCUUGAGAGCGCUUUACGAUUUGGUAAUCCGUUACUGGUGCAGGACGUUGAAAAUUACGAUCCAAUACUCAACCCUGUAUUAAACAGAGAAUUGCGCAGAACUGGCGGUCGAGUUUUGAUCACUCUCGGAGAUCAGGACAUCGAUCUUUCGCCGUCGUUUGUUAUAUUCUUGUCAACCAGAGAUCCAACAGUUGAAUUCCCGCCUGACAUAUGUUCGCGCGUUACCUUUGUCAACUUCACUGUCACCAGGAGUUCACUCCAGAGUCAAUGUCUCAAUCAAGUUCUGAAAGCCGAGCGUCCGGAUAUCGACGAAAAGAGGUCAGACCUGCUUAAACUUCAAGGAGAAUUCCACCUCAGAUUGCGACAGCUUGAAAAGUCUCUGCUUCAAGCUCUUAACGAUGCCAAAGGAAAGAUUCUGGACGACGAUUCUGUUAUAACAACUUUAGAAACUCUGAAACAAGAAGCUGCAGACAUCAGCAAGAAGGUUGAAGAAACCGACAAAGUUAUCGGCGAAAUUGAGACCGUAUCCCAACAGUACUUGCCGCUCUCUCAGGCCUGUUCAAACAUGUACUUCACCAUGGACAGUUUGAAUCAAGUGCACUUCUUGUAUCAGUAUUCUUUACAGAUGUUUUUGGAUAUAUUCACAUCUGUAUUGUGCCAAAAUACAAAACUCUCUGGUAUUUCUGAUCAUACUCAUAGACUGUCUCUCAUCACCAGCGACUUGUUCUCUGUAUGUUACGAACGAGUCGCCAGAGGUAUGCUUCACACUGAUAGGCUGACUUUCGCCUUACUUCUUUGUCGCAUCCACCUGAAGGGUAUCAUCACUGAGUCAACGUACGACAAUGAAUUCACGUUCUUCUUACGAGGCAAGGAAGGCGUCCUCAACAUCCGAGGAGCGCCAGUCAACGGGCUGAGCUCGGAACAGCAAGAGGCAAUGAUGCGACUAACGAUAAGACUUCCAGCGUUCAAGAAACUUGCUGACAAAAUACAAAACAAUCCAGAUUUUGGCACAUGGCUCCAAUCACCCACACCUGAAACUUGCGUCCCCAAACUGUGGGAAGAAGAAAAACCGCUAUCUCCUAUCGGAAUCGCUAUGCAUCAGCUACUGGUUAUACAAGCGUUUAGACCAGACCGUGUAAUCGCAGCUGCAUCUUUAGUCGUCACAUCGGCACUCGGCGAAAGCUUUAUGGCAGCGGCUGAAGCGGAGCUAGAUUUCGGAUCUGUUGUAGAAAAUCAACUCAAGUCCAAUGUACCGGCUCUGUUGUGUUCCGUUCCAGGAUUCGACGCUUCAAGUCGAGUCGACGAUCUUGCAGCCGAGCAGUCUAAACAAAUUGCCAGCAUUGCUAUCGGCUCGGCCGAGGGAUUCAACCAAGCGGAGAGAGCCAUAAAUAUGGCAGUCAAAGCGGGUCGUUGGGUGAUGCUGAAGAACGUGCAUCUCGCACCUCAGUGGCUCGUUCAGCUUGAAAAGAAGCUGCAUAGCCUGCAGCCACACGCUAGCUUCAGGCUGUUCCUGACUAUGGAAAUCAAUCCUAAAGUACCCGUCAAUCUGCUCAGAGCUGGUAGAAUAUUUGUGUUCGAACCACCUCCUGGUAUCAGGGCUAAUUUAUUGCGAACGUUUAGCACUGUGCCAGCAUCUCGCAUGAUGAAAGCGCCGAACGAAAGAGCCAGAUUGUAUUUCCUUCUCGCUUGGUUCCACGCUAUAGUUCAAGAGCGUUUGAGGUAUUGUCCGCUUGGAUGGGCAAAGUAUUAUGAAUUCAAUGAGAGUGACCUGAGGGUGGCUUGCGACACUUUAGACACCUGGAUCGAGGCUACCGCAAUGGGCAGAACGAAUUUGCCCCCUGAAAAAGUUCCAUGGGACGCUCUGGUCACGCUCCUAUCACAGUGCAUAUACGGCGGUAAAAUCGACAACGACUUUGAUCAAAGACUGCUCGCCUCCUUCCUUGGGAAACUUUUCACACCAAGAUCGUUCGAGGGUGAUUUUGCCUUGGUGGCAAAUGUCGACGGGGCGCAAGGAAACCAGAGGCAUAUCACUAUGCCCGACGGCACGAGACGUGAUCAUUUCUUGAAGUGGAUCGAAUCGCUGGCAGAUCGACAGACUCCGUCUUGGCUUGGACUUCCUAAUAAUGCUGAGAAAGUACUUCUAACGACGCGCGGAACGGAUCUAGUCUCAAAACUUCUCAAGAUGCAACAACUCGAGGAUGAAGACGAGCUUGCUUAUUCCAACGAAGAGUCACUCGACGCUCCGAGAGAGGCUGUGGGCGACGGUAGGCCCGCCUGGAUGCGGACUUUACAUAACUCUGCUUCUACCUGGCUACAACUACUGCCCAAAAAUCUACCAACGCUUAAACGUACCGUCGAAAAUAUCAAGGAUCCAUUGUACAGAUACUUCGAGAGGGAAGUUAAUAGUGGAGCUAAAUUAUUGCAAGAUGUUAUUCACGAUCUUGAAGACGUUGUACUGAUUUGCCAGGGUGAAAAGAAGCAGACAAACUAUCACCGAACAAUGCUGUCCGAGUUGGUGAAAGGAAUUUUACCGGGCGGAUGGAGACGCUACACCGUUCCUAGAGGGUGCACAGUCAUUCAAUGGAUUACAGAUUUUAGUCACAGAGUCAGCCAGUUGCAAGAAGUAUCCAGAUUGGUAUCACAAGGGGGUGCUAAGGAGAUAAAGAGCUUCCCAGUCUGGCUCGGUGGUCUACUGAAUCCAGAAGCGUACAUCACUGCGACACGCCAGUGUAUCGCACAGGCAAACAGUUGGUCGCUGGAAGAGCUUCAGCUCGAUGUGACAAUCGGGGAUGGAGACAACAUAGCAACUGACGACUGCUCGUUUGCUGUGACUGGUCUGAAGCUCCAGGGAGCGCAGUGCAAGGCUAAUCAAUUAGUUCUCACGUCGACCAUAAUGACCGAUUUGCCUGUGACUAUGCUGAGGUGGUUCAGGUCUUCGGCAGAGGAACCGGUGAAGGGCAAACUAUCUUUGCCGGUGUAUCUGAAUAGCACUAGAACGGAAUUACUCUUUACCAUUGACUUGAAUAUUAUGAAUGGGCAAGAGCAGCACAGUUUCUAUGAAAGAGGCGUCGCUGUACUCACGUCCACUGCUUUAAACUAAUUAUUAUAAUCCGUUAUCUUGAACGGUUAACUACGUGUGCAAGUUUUUCAAACUAUGCUUCUCGCGCAUGUCUAAUAUCAGAAUAAUCGAACUCCGUACGUCAAUGUUGAGAUAAUUACGUAGCUGUAAUUUAAUUUGGUUUU